AUGACUAUCGCCCUUGGAGACCAGUUUUUCGUGGAAAAGGAACGUAACACCAGAUACGAGUUUCUCGCCAUGUUGGUGAGUUUUCUUCUUCCCAUGAUUCACGGUGUUCUUUUCUGCUGGAUCCCGUUCUACCUCCGGACCAAGCGGGAACAGAAAACACUCAAAUACCACAGGUUCUGGACCAUGAUGAGGCACUACGAGGGGUUCACCAAAGUGUUCAAAAUCACCAUCUUCAAACACGCCUUUUUUGUCCAGCCUGCUAUGCUUGUUCUGAUAGCCAUCCACUUGGGCCUUAACGCCGUGCUCUGUAUUGCUCAAACCGAGGAAAUCGACUACGAGCCUCAAUACUAUGUUGUUUCCAAGAGAAUCGGCCGUAUCGCCAUCGGAAACCUUCCGGCAAUUCUCCUUUUUGUCGCCAAAAACGACUUUGUUUCCACCUUGAGUGGUCUUGAUUUGGACAAGUCCGUUUUCUUCCACAAAUGGCUCGGACGUUUUAUGUUUCUUGCCGUGACGCUUCACAUGGCGCUUUCUCUCCAGUACUGGCUCAGUUUGGAGUUUUACAUCAUGAUUCAGAUCCCACCCCAGAUCUUCGGCAUGAUCUCGUACGGCUGUUUGGGUAUGUUGUGCCUUGCAUCGUUCAAGUUUAUUAGAAACUUCGCUUUCGACUUUUUUUUGGCCCAGCACAGAGUGUUCAAUUUUGUCAUGCUUCUCUUGGCCUUUUUCCACAACGGAGGCAACAAGGCUGCUGUGCUUUUGGCUGUGCACAUGUUGGUUUUGGACAGAAUCACCUCGAGGGUUUUGGGUAUCGUCACAAAACGUAGAGGACCCACCAAAGGCAACUCGGACUUUGAGAUUUUGGACGACACCACCAUCAGAAUCUCCAUUCCCGUGGAAAUCAAGCCCCACAACCAGGACAGAUGGUGGUGGUUCCUUGUUCCUCGUUAUGGAGGCUGGAGAGCUGGUCAGCAUAUUUACUUGAACGUCAUGAAGGUGAGUUUGUUCCAGUACCACCCAUUCACGAUCGCCAGCUUGCCAGAUUCCGGAAAACAGGUCAUUGUGAUCAAGGUGAUGAAGGGCUUCACCAAGGCGCUCAUGAAGAAGUUGAACAAGUUGAGUGAAACCGAGGACGACGAGACAUCUGCUGAAACACAGUCGGUGCUUUCUGCCACCCAGCUGUCCAAUUCCAUCACUAGUGAAGAAAAACUCAUGCAAGCAGCUGAGGACGAGGAGCUCAGACCACAGAUCCAGGAACUCAAAAACGUCGUUGACCAGUUUGCAUCUCCACGCAUUUUCAAAAUGAAAGCAGGCAUCAACGGACCCUACGGCGCCAAGUACCAGCCGCUCACUAAAUUUGAAACCGUUCUUUUCUUCAGUGCUGGUUCUGGUGCUUCUUUCACCCUUCCAGUUGCUUUGGAUCUCCUCAAAAAGCUCAAGCAGAGAGACGAGGCUGGCGAUUACAUGUACCGUCCGGAAACCACCAAAAUCAAGAUUAUUUUGUCGAUGAAGAAGAUGGCCAAUCUCCAGUGGUUUGACCACUUGUGGCCCGAGUUCAUUCCUUUUUUGAACGAAGGAAGAGCCCAUUUGGCCUUGCAUCUUACUCUGGAGAAGCCUAAGCCCGUCACCGUUGAAGAAAAAGACAAGGAAUCGAAAAAGUCAGAAACGCUCGAGCAGACUUUUGCCAGGCAGCAGCUGUACGGAUCCUCCUCGGCUUCUCUCCAGGACUGGAGUGGUUAUUCUGUCACAUACAGCAGACCACAAUUUGACGAUAUCAUCACCGACGCUGCCACGGAGCUUCGGGACCCUACUUACCGUAAGGCACUUGCCUGUGUGGGCUGUGGACCUGAGUUGUUCAAUGGUGAGAUCACCUUGAGUUGCCAGAAGAACAGAAAGGUCAAGCAUGCUCCAGAUGUGUACUGCUACACCGAGUCGUUUGGCUGA